UUUGUAGAUUAAAGUGGUGGGGAAUUAAAAUCGGUUAUCGUAAACUGAAGGGAAAGAUAGAUCGAUCCGAAUUGUGUUUUCAUGUAAAAAACUCUGGAAUAUUUAAAAUAAUGAUUAUUAUACUUUAGUAUUUGGCAGAUUUGAUACACUUGGCCUAUUGUAUUGAUAUCAAGAAUUAAACACUUGGAACUUGAGAAUGGAGGUGAACUUGGAAGUCUUGGAAAGAAGAGUGCUUGAUUGAUUUGAAGGAGCAGACACUGAUUACUAUGUUUCCAUGGCUGAUGAAGAAGAAGAUAUAUCAUCUGAUUUUUCUGACCCCGAUGAAAUUGCCAAAUCACUAGCGGGUUUGGAUGAUUUGGAUGAUAACCUGUUUGGAAGCAGCUUAAAAACUCCAAAAACUGAUGGACAAAAGGUAAACCCUAGUAGGGCAGAGAAAAAGCAAACUCAGAGGAAGACUUCUAUUGAUUUUGAUGAUGAUGAUCCUCUGGCUGGGUUGUUAUCUGAUGAUGAAGAUAUUCCCCAGAAAUCAUCUUCUGGUAAAAGAAAUACUUCAUUAAAAACAAAAAAUGCAGAUCUUCACGAAGCUGAAAAGGAUAAGGACUUUGGAGUCAAAGCUAAAGAAAGCUUCUUUCCGGACAAGGGUAAAAGUUCUGAGACUCCUUUACCACAACCUAAGAAGGAGGAAAAAAUUGAGGAGUCUCAACCUAAAAAAUCUAAUUCUCCUCCACAACAAUCUGGCAGAAGAGGAGUGAGGAGGCAGCUAAAGAAUGAUAUUGGCUUUGGAGAUGAUGAUCUUGAUAUAUUAGGAGGAAUGGGUCUGAGUGAGGAAACUGGCAAAGAGAAAGAGGACAAACCAAAAAACAAAUCAUUUCUGGAUGACCUACUUGGGGAAAAACCAGAAACAAAGGAAAAAAGUAGGACGAAGGAAUUUGUUUUAGAUGACAAAUACAAAAAUAACAAAUCUGAAGAGGACAAUGAAUUCCAUUUCGGUGGUUACAACCCAUCUGCUGCCUCUGAACAGCGAUCUGGAUCAGGACCCAAGAGAUCUGUCAG